AUGGAACGCGUACCAAAAGAGCAAAGAGCAACAUCAGGCGUUGGAGUAGCUAUAAAUGAUAAAUAUGAACAGAAUAUAGAAAGCAUAGAAUACGUGUGCGACAGAAUCCUGAGAGUAAAGAUUAUGUUUGACCAACCCAUUCACAUUAUAUCAGUGUACGAACCCGACAUUAAUAAACCUGAAGAAAUGUCAAUGGACUUCUACGAAAAUCUAGUCAGCGAUAGACAAAAUACCAAGAACGAACUGAGAAUAAACAACACAUAUUUUCCACAUAAAGAACAACACAAAUACACCUUCUAUGACAAUAGAAACAAUAAAUCAAUAAUCGAUUAUAUCAUCACCAAUCGAAGUUUCUUACCUCAACAAAUAAUAGACAUAAGAGUUUUAUCCUCAGCCAACAUUGGAACAGAUCACAAACUUGUGCUAGGAAAGAUACGAAUAGGUGCGCCGCUAUUCAAAAAAAGACCAUCGAUAAAAACUGAAAAAUUUAAUAUAGAAUCCCUCAACCACGAAAGCACUAAACAACUUUAUUCAAACAGAUGCCAAACACAUGUUACUCUUAACCCCAUAGCACAGUUUGAUACUCCUAACACAGCUUGGAACAAACUGAAAGAAAACAUCUGCAAAGGAGCUAAAGAAGCUUUAGGAACACGUACUGUAUCACACAAUAGAAGACCGAACAUUAAACAUUGGUUUACAUUAGAAGUCAAGAACAUUACAAGGGAAAAGAAGGAAAAAUACUUACAAUACAAGAAAUCUCCAACACUGGAGAACCGAAAUAUCUAUACCGAAAUAAGGAACAGGACUAAUAAUAGAGUACGAGAAAUUAAAGAAGAAUAUUGGUAG